ACAGGGUUUAAGUAUUGGAAAUUCCCGAAUGAUGGCAGGUACAAGUGUUGGUGAUUUUUAAUAAGUAAUAAAACCGAUCGGAAAUUUUGUUUGUUUGUUUUAUACGCAAUUUAACAAAAAUGUAUAAUGUAUCGUCCUGUUUUCGAAAUUCGACCAUAAUGACUCAUAUCUCACGGUUUAUGUUCGUUUUAUCCAUUGCUAUUUCUCAUUUUUGUUUUUAUUGUCACUUUUAAAGGUAGAAAAAGUCGUUACUGCCAAAAAAAUUGGUAACACUAAAGUCCGUCAGUUAUGCUACCAAACAAAAAAACCGAAUUUAAACUGACGAUAAAGAGAUAUUGAACAAUUUUGUCUUAGUCCAUAGAUUGGAAGCCACUUUUACAUUACAUUGCAUUUUCAAGAAAUGCAAACUUUGUAUGUAUCUUUGUUUAAUAGUUGAAAUUUGUUUUCUAUUGACGUGAGAUUAUCAGAUUAAGCAGUUUCGGGUUCCGUGAUUGAUGUUACACGGACAGUCUAUGGCCGUGGCCCUUAGAUGUAGGCAGUACCAAGCUGACGACGGCCCGUCUCGUAUUCUGAGGAAUGAAGAAUUUUCAAACUGCGACAAAAAUGGCAAGUGAGGCUGUAUUGAAGUAUUUAGAAGACACGAAUCGUCCAUAUUCGUGCGCUGAUGUGACAGUUAAUUUACGUGGAGCGUACACCAAGACCGCUGUACAAAAAGCGUUGGAUGGACUUGCUGAAUCGGGUAAAAUCAAAUGCAAAUUGUACGGAAAACAAAAGGUUUACGUUGCUUUACAACGCGAUGUGGCAACUGGAGAUUGCGAAAUAGAAGAUUUCGAUGCGCAAUUAAAACGUUUGGUAGAAGAUUUAGAGGAAAAAACGAAAUCUUUGAAAACAGCUGAAACUAAUUUAAAAAAUCUAACGUCUACUCCUACCACCGAUUACGCAAAGAAAAGUAUCACAGAAAUUUCUAGAAACAUUGAUGCUAUGGGCAAGAAGCUGGAAGCCCUAAAGUCCUCCACGGAGGUCAUCAGUGCCGAUGAAAAGAAAACGAUAUUGAAUGAGCAUGAAAAACAAUUGAAAGAAUACAGAAAACGCAAAAGGAUCUGCAACGACAUGCUGGAAGCGGUGCUAGAAGGCUAUCCCAAACCGAAGAAGACUCUGUUGGAAGAGCUUUGCAUCGAAACCGACGAAAUGGUUGACUUCAAACCGAUGGCAGUUUCUUAAUUUUAAACAAAUAAAUUUAAAACUGUGUCUUUUUA